AUGAAAAAAUGGAAAAGCAUUCGGGACAAUUAUCUUAGGGAGUCUAAGAAGCAAAAAAAGCUUCCAUCUGGAUCUGGAUCUUCCAAACAUACGCCAUAUGUGUAUUACAGGAAAUUACAAUUUCUUGCGAAUUCUACAGCAUAUAACGACACAGAGAGCAAUUACCAAUCUUCUGGCACAACUGGUUCAGAUGUAGAUAAUAUUAUAGACAAUGCAGACUUGAUGCCAUUUCUUAAAGAUCAAAUGGAAGGCCCAAGGAAAAGACAGAAAAUAAAUGCUGUAGAUAAACAAAUAGUCGACAUUUUACAGAAAAGUUUAAAUGCAAGGGAACAAAAUGAAAUGGGGCGACUAACUAAAGAAGACGAUGAUAAACUAUUCUGUUUAUCAUUGUAUAGUGAAUUAAAAAAAGUGCCCGAAAAUCGACGCUUAACUACAAAGAUUAAAUUACUCAAUGUCAUUAAAGAAGCACAGAAUUAUCAUCAAUCAUUACCACUAGAAACUAAUCAUCAUACACAUAUUCUACACCGACAUAUUCUGGAUAUACUACUGCUAGACCUUCAACAACACAACAUUGGUCUACCACGCCGCCACCACCGCCGUCAUCAUGGUCACCGUCACGUUCAGCCUCCAGCCAAGAUUCAGACAACUUAG